UUAACCUCAAAACGCGCACGUUCACGCACAGCCAAGGCGUGUUAUGACGUCUUGCAGGAGAGCGCGCUAUGAUGAUGGCGGUACGUGCACGCGCAGCAGCAGUAAUGGCUGCUUCAGAUCGGCGGAGUUCUAUCCCAGUAGAGUUCGUAGGACAAAGUUGGAGCUCCUGGAUAGAUAAGACCAACGUUUCCGCAUCGGAAGCGUCAAAUACAGAAGAAUGCAGCAAAAAUGUGAAGAAAAGGAUGGAAACCAUGACACUCAGGAAAGAAGACAUGUCAAUCUACGGCCACUGCCCAGCGCACGACGACUUUUUCCUGGUGGUGUGCAGCCACUGUGGCCAGGUGGUGAAGCCGCAGGCGUUUGAGAAGCACUGCGAGCGGAGGCACGGCCCCAUCAGCAAGCUCUACCCCGACCAUUCCCUGUCGAGCCCCCUGAAGCGGCCCAGGCACGGCCGACCUCCGGGCCAGCACAGCGCCGGCACCGCCGCCUCGCGGGAACCUCGGGAGAGGGAGAGGGAAAAGGAGCGUGAGCGGGAACGAGAGCGGGACGGGCGAUGGCAGGAGCCUGGGUCACCCCGCGCCCCCGCACCACCACCACCACUACCACCUCCUCCUCCUCCAGCGCCUCCUGCUGCUCCCGCUGCUGCUGCACACCGCCCUCCCAAAGCGCAGAAAGAGGGCGUCAGCACGGUGCCCGGUGACAAACCGUCGCAAGGAACCCCGCCGUCGCCCCCGCACUCUUCCGCCCCUAGUCCCCGGGACCCCCCAUGGCGGCACGGUGCGGUGCAGCCAAGCGUGCCCUCGCCGGGAGAGAAGCCCCAACAGAAGGGGAGCAGCCAGGGUCCCCCUGCAGACUCACUCAGCCCCAUGCGCGGGCCCAGGACUUACAGCAGGACCUACAAGAAAGUGCACAAGAAGGAAUUGGACUUGGACAAGCACUGCGGAGUCCUUGAUCCAGAGAGGAAGAAAGUUUGCACCAGGCUCCUAACGUGCAAUAUUCACUCCAUUCACCAGCGUAGGCAGGUUGUUGGAAGAAGCAAAAACUUUGACCAGCUGGUCACGGAACUGAAGAUGGGUGCCAAGCGGGCGCCCGUCCUCGCCGAUACGGAGCCACCCGUCCCAGAGACCACCGUGAGCCAGACUGGACCCCCUCACGGCAAACGGCCACCAAAUUGUGUUAAUCUCAGGCCCCGGACGCCGUCGGAGAGUGGUGUGGAGGAGGAGAUGGAGGUUCCGGUGGAGGAGGAGGAAGAGGAGCUGGCCCCCCAGGCCAACAACAAUCACAGCCGGGUGUCCAGCGAGGAGAGCGAAGGGGAGGGCCAGGAGGAGCCCUUGGACCUCCCCUUCAGCACAUGGCACCCCAAACCGCUCGGGUUUUGUACGUUUGGCAGUCGCGCGCUGAGCUGCAGCGUGUUCACGUUUGACCGGCGCCUCCACCACCUGCGGUCAGCCGUCAGUGCCAUGGUAGAGCAGCACCUCAGCGCACAUCUCUGGAAGAAAAUCCCCCAGGUGGCAGACACGCGGCCCCACAGGACAUCAGCAUCAACAUCAUCCUCCUCAUCCGUAUCCAGCUCUCAGGACCCCUCGGCCACCUCCUCCUCUUCGCUCCGCACCUCCUCGCCCUCCUCCUCCUCCUCCUCCCUCAGGACUAGCGGCUCCUCUCUCCCCCAGCGCGGGGCGAGGGAGACCUCCUCAGGACAAUCAGAGACUAAAGGUGGCAGCAGCAGCAGUAGUAGUAGUAGUAGUAGUCGAACCCCCGCCGCCUCCGGUCCCGGGCGACCCAAGAACCCCGUGGGCCGACCCAGCAAACAGCAGCUGCGGCUCCGAGAACUAGAACAGGAGCGGGAACGCGAACGGGAAAGGGAGAGAGAGCGGGAACGGGAGCGAGAGCGGAGUAGGCGGGCGAGCGAAGUGGGGACAUCGCCGGGGUCGGCAGGUCGAGAGGAGAGGUCGCAGCAGCAGGAUCAGUCUCCGUCGCCAGCCAGAGGCAGUCGAGGGGGCUACGAUCGCUCAGCUGCCGAGGAGCGAGUUUUUACGCCGUCUCCCGACAAAUCAGCGUCGGCGACCACCACAUCGUCGUCGUCGAGCCCGGCGUCCCAGCGGCCUGUGAACGGGGCGCUGUCGCUCCUCAGCAGCAAGGGCCGCCCCUCCUCCUCGUCAUCAACAGCCCACGCCCCCCAGGCACGCUCGCCCUCAUUGGCCAAGAGACCACCCGGACACACCCCCUCCACGCCUCCUGAGCACUCCAGAGGAGGUGGUGGUGGCGGCGGAGGAGGAGGAAGUGGAGGAGCGCACCGUAGGCUAGAGUCCAGCUACGACCACCACAAGGGCCUGGGCAAGAAGCGCAAGGCCACCAGCGGCGUGUCCCCUCCCGUCACCCCCUCCUCGCCCCGGCAGCCUCCCAAGUCGUCCCUGGGCCUGUCGUCCCCGACUCCCCCCUCCUCCUCCUCACAUUCCAGCUUCUUCUCCUCCUCUUGGAAGAAGGACAGCAAAGGGGCGGGAGCAGCCUCAGCGGCGGGGGCGGCCUCCCUCGGCCUGGACAAGAAGCUCGACACACAGAAGCCAAAGCUUCACCACUGAGGCAGGUCAGCCUUAGGACCACUAGGAGAACAAGCCUACUGCCACCUAUUGCCACAGAAUUUAUAUGCACAGGACAGACCGGGCGAGCUGUACUGAACACAGCUGGCUCCAGUAUUUCUUUCUUUUUUUGUAUGUGUGUGGGUGGGUGUGUUUGUGCGUGUGUGAGUGUAUGGGUAUGUGUGUGACUUUGUAAAAGUGUUUAUGAAAUGUGAAUAUGCGAGAAUGAAUGAGACAGAGAGAGAGAGAGAGUUGCCUCCCCGAGUAUGAGUACAGAUAUACCUCAAGACUUUCCUAAGAUGCUGCUAAAUAGAAAAAAAUUGUCAAUUAAUGGAAAAAAAUGAAUUAAAUAUCCCUAACACUUGAAUAACA